ACAAAAAAACCCAGUGGAGACUGUUGCCUCUAUGGGUCCAGACUCUGUUUCUGCUUGUAGUUUGUGGAACUGGAAGGAUUUAUUUUGACUGUUGAACUGUAUGUUGCAUGUGAUUACUAACAGUAGCUCUUCAUAUUGCUAACAACUAGAAUUCCUUAGAUACGACUUUUCCAUGAACAUGCCAGAUUUGUAUUCUAUGCAUUGUUGGUAUCAUUUACAGUAUUACACGUACAAAUAUAAACCAGUAUUAAGGUCAGGCAGUUACUGUGCAUUGCAAACAGGAGUUUUGUUAGUUUCCUGUAUUUGCAUAGUAGCUCUAUAGCAAGGAAGAAUGACAGCGUAUCAAGUAGGAAAGAUUAGAGGAAGGUGUCAGAGGCCAGAGAAAGCAACUGGUUUAUGAAACUACUGGUGGGUGCAACUGUGAAGAAGCCUGAGGCGGGCUGCCUGGGGAAAGGAAGGAAGAAAGAAAGGAAGAAAUCCUGAUGUGCUGUUUCCUCUGUAGCAAGUUCUUGCCCUCUGUUCCCUAUUAGUAGUAGCCUGCAUGUCAUUUGGCGCUUCAUGUUACUGUUCAAGUUACUAAGCAUAAUGUACCACACAGAGUCCUCCAUUAACAGUGUUUUAUAAAAUGUUUGCUUUGGUGCCUUUCCCUUCCCUUGCAAAUAUUUGCUUAACAACAUCUGAUAACUGUUAUGUAAUAUUUACUCUACAAUGUAGGUAUAAAGCACCUCUAAACAUUUUAUCCUCCCUUCAGUGGAUCAUCACCAUCAAUCUUCUUUCUACAUUUCCUGCAAGAAUAUAUGCAGUUUUCAACAGUCUCUCAUUUUGUAUAUCUUGGACAUUUAAAUACAUCAGGAAAAUACCAAUCAAUUAAAACCUCUUUAUAUGAACAGGUAACAUUUUAAGGAUUGUGCUUUCCACUAAGAUCUCACUUGAUCAUGUGAGGUCCAAACCUUCAUUCUAUAAUAUCAAAAUGGCUUUGAUUUAAAAACCUCCUUGCAUAUACAUUCUGACCAUUUUGUACAGAUAGAGUUUUCCUCACAAUUCUACAUACUACAAUACAGCAAAUAGUUUUAUUUCAUAUAUCAUCUGAAGUGACUUUGAAACUAAGUGCAUUACAAAAGCAUUUUGCAGUGCCUUGCAUAGAAAAGGAGGGGAAAAAGCCUAUUUAGGAAGUAUUUCUCCUUUAUUAGUUUAAGCAAGUUAUUAAAUACAGUUUUUCAAGAUGUGUUUUACCAUCUUUUCUCUGCUGGUUAUUAGGGCUGGGAGUCUAGUGUCUCACACUUCUAUAGGUUGCCGAAUAUCACAGGCAGGACAAGGGAUGACUCACAUGUCAGCUGCUCAUUGCCUCUUGGGUGAAGCGGGAUCAUGAGUGCUUCCAGGCACAAGGAUAACAUCGCCUGAACUACCUCUCACAGAAACCUGCUUACCUCUUCCAAAAACUUCCUACUUCUUGCUUUCUAGAUUGUGGGAUUCUUGGGGAUUUUUCAAACAUCUUUUAUAAAUAUGACUCCUCAGGUAUGUCUAAGAUGUGAAUGUAGGAGCUUCUGAAACAGUCAGAAUGUAGAAGAAAAUUAAAGCUUAUUUACGUUUGCUAUUAGCUGUUUGUCUUCAGUAGAUCUAAGGUGCUUCUCUUUCUAUCUAAGAAAGAUCAUUAGCAGCAUAUGGAUCAGCAGCAAAAUCUUUAAAGUGAAAAUUAGUAUCAGAAGACCUUUAGCAUUUGUACUAAAAGAGGUUACUGUACUGAAACACUGCCAAGACAUACCUUCAGACAUUAUCUUAAAGUUUCUGAGGAACCAAAGUGUGCCUCAGUCGUUCUGUCUGAAGGGUUCAGCCUGAGCAGGUGCAGCACCAUCCCAGUGGAUAAUGUGGGUGGUUGGUUUUAUAUUUAUAAAUAAAGCAAAUAUGCAAAAACUUACUGCUAUGGUUCUGCACAUCCUGUGUCAGAGAGGCAAUUUUUCUGAUACCGUUGAGUAACUGGUGGCAUUGAGGGAUGGGAAUGUGAUCUGUUUCAUUACCUGUAGACUCCUGAGGACAUUAAGUUGUAUCUUGAUGGAAACUUUCUUAUUACAAAAUAUUUUUCCUAAUAGAACAAUAGUUAUUUAGACUUAACCUCAUUACAGUUGCUGUUUUAACUAAGUACUAGAAGUAAGAUGGCAGCUACUCAGCCGCCAACUGAUUUGACAUUUACAGUCAUAUGUAAAGCUAAUUAUUCUGUAUAAAACUAGACUGAAAACCAGAAGAAAAGCUCAGAUUUUCCACAUUUUUGCAUACUAAACCCAGACAUGUGUAAAAGAGUGAUUUUCAUUAUUGUGAUUGUUUUAAGUCCUACUUCUCUUAAAAGGAGAGAUACUUUUAGAGGGGGAAAAAAAAGAUGAGCAAAAUGACAUUUUCUCUAGUAAUUAUUACAAAAAGUUAUUGAGUGAGAUGUUUCUAAACAAGUAAGUUAUUGGAAAAGAACUGGGAAAGGGAAAAUGAAUUCCAUCAUUUAUGUGACAGUUCCCUUGUGAGACACCCUGGAAAGCUAUAAGCUAUAUGGCUUUGCAAGAAACAAACCUCCCCAAAUACUUGCAGCUAAAAAGCUAAGAAAUACUUAUUGUUGAAAUAUCCUGAAGUUUUGAUUUUGAAAGGGUUUUCCUUGAAAUCAGCUGAUGCCAGUUGAAGUGAAUAAUUUAGUCAAUGUACAGAAAAAAUAUUGUAGUAGCUAUCCAGAAACAGCGCAUAGAAUUUUAAACCCCUUUUUAACUUUAAGGUUUUCUACAUGGCUCAAUGCAACUGGUAGCAAUAAACAUACAGGACUUAAAUCUGCUAAAAACUUACUAAAAACAGACUCUUCGUCAAUGUGAGAGCUGAAGUAAGUGUGAGAUUCUGUCAGGAAAAAAGGUCUUCUGAGACCAUUUAAUUGUCAAGCCUUAUUUGUUGAAUCUACUUAAUGUUUCCAUGUGACUUCCCUGACCACACAUCAUAAAGCCCUGUUAAGCUGUGAAGUCUCUCUUCAGCAAAAACAGUUAAGUAGUUCGUAUCUUUUGUCUCCACAGCUUGUACAGUUCAGCUUUAAGUGCUAUGGAGAAAGCAGCAGGGAAGUGCACAGUGUACACAUACACCUGCUUUUGUUUUCUGAUUUUAAUUGUUUCAGAUACAUAGACAGUCUUUAAUAGCAGAUAUGAAUAUGUCUGAGUAUUAGAGCCUGAUAAAGAACUGAAGUUUUCCUCUUGCCGCUCUGAUGAUAUCAGAUGAUGGUAUCGUCAGACUUUUGGUAUCCAUUUAUUAUCAUGUGGAAAAAAUUUUUUUGCGUAGCCACCUCACAAACAUAAUCUUUUCCUAUGCUACUGUUACUAGUACUAAUACUGGUAAAUCUGAUGUGCUAAUACAUGAUUUGAUGCAACCUCGUAAAAUCCUGCUAACUGGCAGAAUCUCAGUUUUGUCUUGUCUGUUUGCCCUGGAGAACCCAAGUGCUUCACUUGGCAAUACUUGAGGGAAAUGUUCGUAAUCAUGUGUUCCAACCUUGCUCUGGUCUGCAAUGUCCCAUUUCUGCUAGGCAGGGCAGCAAGAAGGGGCUGCAGCCAGUCAGGCUUGAGCUGCUUCUGGCAGAGGUGUGUAGAACUUGCACCAUGUGAGCAACACAUGAGAAUGGCGACACUGAAUGAGAUGGCUCGGAGACUGAGCUUCAUCUGCAUUGUGCCCUGGAUUAAGGUGGCCUCUUUUAUGAAUGAAACAAUUGUUUUUCAGUGUUUUGAGAAUAUUGCUGCUUUAAAAAUGAAUCUAGAACUCAACAGCAUUGUUGAUGUAUGGAUGCCGGUUGUAUUUUCCAAGACUGAAAAUGUGUUGUGCAAAGUAUUAGACGCAGCAUGGUAGAUAAAUUCUCUUUUGAGGUGAAACAUACAGCUUUAAUAGCAGUUCUGCAAAGACCAAUUAUCUGUGUAUUCUUUCUGUGCUUUACACAGGCAACACUUAAUGAAGUAUAUACAUUUCUAAUGUCCAUCCUGCAGAGAAAUGAACUGUGAACAAAUUCAAGCAAACAUGUUCCAACUGUUCAUACAAAGGAUUGCAUAAGUCACACACUGUUUCUACAAAACCUUCCCCACAAUUUGCUGUUGCUCAGCAUGUACUUCACUUAGUUUCCUCCAAUUAAAAUUUGCAAACAGAAAAGCUUUCCAGUGCUAACAGACUCAUGUGCUUUCUUGGGGAUUUGGAGCCACGUGUUCCAGGAAUGGCCAGGUACACCACGCCGAUACAAUAUAAAGGCAACGUCAAUCACCUUCUCUCACUUUUUAAUAGUUCCUCUCCAUGGUUCUCAUUCUCCAUCACUAGAAACUUAAGAUUAAAGGAACUUUAUUAUAUUUCAAGUACAGUUGAAUCCAUUAAGAUGGAUCUCCUUCAUAGCAAUGGCGUGCUUAUCAUUCAGCAUUUGCAGAGGGACUACAGGGCUUACCAGGAUUUCCUUAAUUUUAUGUCACAUGUUGGUGAUCCCCGGAAUAUAUUCUCAAUUUAUUUUCCUCUUUGGUUUCAGCUCAACCAAGUGGUUGGUACUAAAAUGAUAUGGGUGGCAGUCAUUGGUGAUUGGUUCAACCUCAUAUUUAAAUGGAUUUUAUUUGGCCAUCGCCCAUACUGGUGGGUGCAAGAAACAAUGAUUUAUCCCAAUCAGUCAAGCCCAUGCCUUGAACAGUUUCCUAUAACAUGUGAAACCGGACCAGGAAGUCCAUCUGGACAUGCCAUGGGAUCUUCCUGUGUCUGGUAUGUAAUGGUCACAGCAGCACUUAGCUACACAGUUAGAUGGAAAGAUAAAUCAGCAGUUGCCCUUCACAGGCAUCCUUGUGGCAGAAGCAUUUGAGCAUACCCCUGCCAUUCAGACAGCAAGCUUGAGAAUGUACAUCAAGACGAACUUGUUUCUUUUCAUCUUUGCCCUUGGCUUUUAUCUAGUCCUCAAGCUUCUUGAUAUUGACUUGCUAUGGUCUGUGCCGAAGGCCAAGAAGU